UUUCAGGUUUGAGUAAGCAUACUAUACUAAUUAGAAAGAAAAUGAUUCGUUUGCUAAAGGGAUUUAUUCUACUGACGGCUUUGAUCUGUUUAUUGAUUUCACAAGGAUGUGAAGCCAAAGGACAUCGAAUCUUACGUCAGUAUGACGCAAGAAUCAUGGACCGACCAGAUGACGUAGCAGGAGUGAAAUGUGGUGAAGAUAUCAAAUUAACAUGCGUUGCCGAGGGGUCACCGUCACCGGAAAUACAGUGGCGUUACUACAAUCAAGAAACAAACGUGGAUGAAGAAGCCAGCAGGGUGGUUGUAAGACAUUCUGGCAGGGAUGGGAGAAUAAAGAUUAAAACUGAGGAGCUCUACGUGGUCCGUAGUACUCUUAUAAUUCGCAACGCAGACUCAGGUGACGAAGGGAUGUAUCAAUGCAGAGCAAGUAAUUACGUGAACCGGAACAACCAUGGAAUCAAUGUCAACCAACAUUGGAGAAUCGAGGAAGUUCCGGUGGGAAAGGUCAUGUGUAAAGGGAAGACAGAAACUGUCAUAACACACACCGAGGUGUACCCUGCUUCUACGUACAACCGUAGCGUGUUCGAUAAGGCAGUAGAGCGUGUUGUUACGUCAACAAGUUCUACGUCAUCAACAACAGAUUUGAAAAAGUUGACGUCACUAAUGACAUCAUCGAGCACUGGUAAACCUCCCUCGUCACAUAAACCCAAGAAAAAUCACCACAAAAUGAAGAGCGAAAAUUCGAAGAAAAGCAUCAGAAAUAUGGUCGAAAAAGGAACACAGAAAACUGUGACAGCGAUACUGAUAGGAAAAGACAAAUCAUUCAAUGAGAGAAUAGAGUCACCAAUACAAGGAUCUGCAUUGGAUCAAAAUGAUGGAGAUGGAAACUCAGGACUCGGCAUAUACAAGCGGCCAUGGAUUCUUGCAAUUCUUCACUUUCCCAUUUCCAUAUGCUUGUUCAUGCUGUCGUCGUGGUAAGGUGACGUAAUGUAUUGCGUCAUAAUAUCCGUGAAAUCUACUGUACAAAACUGUGUACAUGAGUAUGAUAUUUUAUUUUUUCCCAUUGUUGCGUGAUAUGUUUUAUCGUGACGUCAUAACAUAACGUCAUAAGGCAGGUCCAAGUAUCUUUUAUUACAUCAUAGUUAUUUCGUCAAAUGUUUCUGUAACUAUGGCAGUUGUUUUUCGGAUAUACAUUAAGUUGUAUCUUUAUGGCUAUAUAUCAGAGUCCUCUUUUACGAAGUUAAUAGCGAAACGAAAAAGUUGGUUUCCAAUAACUGAUCUGAAAAUGAAAUACGAAACAAGGCUUCCAAGCUGAGGUUCGUUGUUACUGUUCUCUCUACAGUUUUAUUUUACUUAUAACUAUGGUAGCUCAGUGCGCCAAGACCACUAAGAUCACUCUUAUAAGUCAAGGGAUGCUACAUGCAUGCCACAAGGAAAUGACUAAUGCCUGUCCUUAAAAUGCUUCAAACUCCGACUUCGUAUUUGAUGAGUUUUAUUUUCUAUUUAUUUUGAAAUCCAAGGAACGCCUUGUUGCUUUGAAUCACGUGACAAGACUAUUGUUUUUAUAUUUUUUUUCAAUUUUUACUUUCCUAAAUGCGCAAUUCCAAAAUAAGUUUCUUGCCCGCCAAAGUACAGCUACAGUUUCAUAAAGUCUCGACCAGUUGGCUAAGGUGUUUGCAUUCUUGAACAUGGUAAGCUCAAUUUAACAUUGAUUCGAUUUGGUUUUUGAAUGGAAUAUGGAAUACUAAUGAACCUAUGCUAAAAUACACCUUGUAGUACGUUUUUUAGCUAUGUUUAAAUAUUUGAGCUCAAAAAAAAAUGGUUUUUUUGUCGAAGCCCAUUUCCUUUUUAUGGUACAUUCAACAUUGUACUACCAAGUUGAAUUACAUUGUUGAAUUGAAUAUAAAAUAACCAUUAACACACCACUAAAUUCCAUCGAAGCUUUUAAUUUGCAGUGUUACCAACAGAAAACUAGUUUCCUAGAUCCAAAUCCAUCUUACUUAAUCUUUACACUCUGAAUAUUUAAAGAGUCAAAGGUUCAAUUUUCUAAAGUAGUGUUCCUCAGCGAAUCUCUGUUAUUCAAACCUCCCAACGCACCAGCCGUAUUUCUGAUUUUCCUAAAACUUUAUAUGCUGUUGGAAUCACAAUCUUAAUCAAAUUUUCAAACACAAUUCAUUCUAAAUAUCUCGUAAUAAAAACUCAAAUCAAGGCAGCAACUUUUCGCAACGAAAUAGUACCGAAACCGAAUUGAUGUUUCAAAUUAUUUACUUCUCUAAUUGUCGUUCAUUUUCAAUGUUGUAUAAAUUUGUAUAAGUGUGUUAGCUUAGUUUGAAAUGAACAUAAAACUAAAAUAGAAAAAAAGACUGAUGCUCAAAUAUAUGAUCACGUAGCGCCACCUGAUGGCAAUAAUUUUGAUGACGUAAUAGCAAA